ACCCCCAAAGACUCUGGGGGAGACCUGAGUCUGUGACAGACGCCCCAACCCCUCCCACUGGCUGGGAUAGAUGGACUCGCUCCCAAGCCCGCAGGGGCCCUAGAAUUGUGGCCCAACUCAUCCCGCUGGGGGUGAGACCCCAGACCCAGGAGAGAGAGAUCCCUGAUCCUGGGGAAGGGAGGCCGCCACUGCUUGGCAUGGAGGGCAACCUGUCCGGGCUGGUGCCCGCUGCAGGGCUGGUGCCUGCGCUACCCCCGGCGGUGACUCUGGGGCUGACUGCUGCCUAUACCACGCUGUACGGCCUGCUCUUCCUCUCGGUCUAUGCCCAGCUCUGGCUGGUGCUGCUCUAUGGACACAAGCGGCUCAGCUAUCAGACGGUGUUCCUGGCUCUGUGCCUGCUCUGGGCCGCCCUGCGCACCACCCUCUUCUCCUUCUACUUCCGAGACACGGCUCGAGCCAACCGCCUGGGCCCCCUCCCCUUCUGGCUGCUCUACUGCUGCCCUGUUUGCCUGCAGUUCUUUACCCUCACACUCAUGAACCUCUACUUUGCCCAGGUGGUGUUCAAGGCAAAGACAAAGCAGCACCCGGAGAUGAGCCGGGGCCUGCUGGCCGUGCGGGGGGCGUUCGUUGGGGCCUCGCUGCUGUUCCUGCUGGUGAACGUGUUGUGCGCCAUGCUGUCCCGUCGGCGCCGGACACAGCCCUGGGCCCUGCUGCUGGUGCGAGUGCUGGUGAGCGACUCGCUUUUCGUGAUCUGUGCGCUCUCUCUGGCUGCCUGCCUCUGCCUGGUGGCCCGGCGUGCCCCUUCCACCAGCAUCUACCUGGAGGCCAAGGGGACCAGUGUGUGCCAGGCUGCGGCCAUGGGCGGGGCCAUGGUCCUGCUCUAUGCCAGCCGAGCCUGCUACAACCUGGCAGCCCUGGCGCUGGCCCCCCACAGCCGGCUGGACUCCUUCGAUUAUGACUGGUACAACGUCUCUGACCAGGCUGACCUGGUGAAUGAUCUAGGGGACAAAGGUUACCUGGUCUUUGGCCUCAUCCUCUUUGUGUGGGAGCUGCUGCCCACCACCCUGCUUGUUGGCUUCUUUCGGGUACACCGGCCCCCGCAGGACUUGAGCACCAGCCGGAUCAUCAACGGGCAGGUCUUCGGUUCCCGUUCCUACUUCUUUGACCGGGCUGGACAUCGUGAAGACGACGGAGGACCAUGGGAGCACAGCCGGGGAGAGAGCACCAGCCCAUUGCUUGUUGGGGCCUGUGUGUUCAGACCCCCCGUCUCUCCCUGCAGCCUGUCGGGGAGCCUGGGGGCUGGCAGCUGGUACGGUGCUAUUGGGCGGGAGCCCGGUUGGUGCGGGGGCAGCCAGAGUCGAAGCACACCGCUCCUCUUCUCCCAGGUGGCCGGGCCUGCCGGCCACCAUCACCACAGCCUCUACUCCACCCCGCAGACCUGAGCUCCCUGCUUCCUGGGGGUGCCCCCCUGCCUGCCUGCCUUCCGCAGCCCCAUGGCGGCCCUGACCUCUGCCCUGCCCCGCCCCUGCCCCACCCCUGCCCGUCUGCAGCUUGUAGUGCUGAGUCUGGCCUCUCAGCAGCCCCUUGUAGUGAGCUUCUGCCUCCUGCUGGGGGCGGCACUGUCCGCCACACGGAGCCUGCUACCUCUCUUGUGCCUGCUGCUCAAUAAACAGUGCCCAUGCCCCCAUUGGA